UCCUCCCCCCAGCUCCCCGUGUGGUGUGGUGCUGCUGUUGCUGGCUCCCCUGGCCAUUUUGCUGUGGAGGGAGAAAUGAGGCGGCAGCAGCAGACGCUGCAGUGACCACCACAGAGGAAGAGGGGGGGAUCGAGAGAGACCCAGACCUAGGAGUUGGUUGGCGGGGGGGGGGUGUAUUUUGUGCAGCCAAAGGAAUUUUUGUGGGGGAGGGGAAGCGGUGGUGGAUUUUUUUUGUGGGGAGAGGGGAAAAAAGAAGGGGCAAGACCCCCACUGGCUGAUUAUCCCCCCACUCUCCAGUGCAACCCCCCCUCACCCUCCUCUUCGGAGCUGCUGGAACCAUGAGCUGGGGGACAGAGCUGUGGGAUCAGUUUGACAACUUAGAAAAACAUACACAAUGGGGAAUUGAUGUUCUGGAAAAAUACAUCAAGUUUGUAAAAGAAAGAACGGAGAUUGAAAUCAGCUAUGCAAAACAACUUAGGAACCUUUCAAAGAAAUAUCAACCCAAAAAGAACUCCAAAGAAGAGGAAGAAUACAAGUACACAUCAUGCAAAGCCUUCCUAGCCACCUUGAAUGAAAUGAAUGACUAUGCCGGCCAGCAUGAAGUCAUUUCAGAAAACAUGACUUCUCAGAUCACUGCGGAGUUAGCACGCUUUGUGCAAGAGCUGAAACAGGAAAGGAAAUCGCACUUUCAUGAUGGCAGAAAGGCACAACAGCACAUUGAAACUUUCUGGAAACAGCUUGAAGCAAGUAAAAGGCGGUUUGAACGUGAUUGCAAGGAAGCCGAUAGAGCACAGCAGUAUUUUGAGAAAAUGGAUGCUGACAUCAACGUUACGAAAGCAGAUGUUGAAAAGGCAAGACAGCAAGCACAAAUACGACAUCAAAUGGCAGAAGACAGCAAAGCAGAAUACUCAUCCAUUCUUCAGAAAUUCAACCACGACCAACACGAACAUUAUCACACCCACAUACCAAACAUCUUCCAGAAAAUACAAGAGAUGGAGGAAAGGAGGAUAGUGAGGAUAGGCGAAUGCAUGAAAACCUAUGCAGAAGUGGACCGCCAGGUGAUCCCCAUAAUUGGGAAGUGUCUGGAUGGAAUAACAAAGGCAGCAGAAUCAAUUGAUCAGAAAAAUGAUUCACUACUGGUAAUAGAAGCCUUUAAAUCAGGGUUCGAACCACCAGGAGAUAUUGACUUUGAAGACUUCACUCAGCCAAUGAAACGCACUGUCUCGGAAUCCAGCCUUUCAAAUUCCAGAUGGGAUGGAAAAUCUGAGCCCAAGCCUGGCAGCAAAUCCAAGGGCAAAUUGUGGCCAUUCAUCAAGAAAAAUAAGCUUAUGUCCCUUUUAACAUCCCCCCAUCAGCCCCCUCCUCCUCCCCCUGCCUCUGCCUCACCCUCUGCUGUUCCCAACGGCCCCCAGUCUCCCAAGCAGCAAAAGGAACCCCUCUCCCAUCGCUUCAACGAGUUCAUGACCUCCAAACCCAAAAUCCACUGCUUCAGGAGCCUAAAGCGCGGGAAUCACUCUUUGUAUUUUCACAAAGAACUCAUGAAGAGGACUUUAGGGAAACCCACGUGUGCCGUUGAGGCUAGGGACUAUGUUCUUUCUCUCAAGCUGAUAACUUUGAAUACGCAGGUCUGGAAUCUAAUAGAGGGGGGAGGACCAGAGGACUUCAGCAAUCUCCCACCUGAGCAAAGAAGAAAGAAACUCCAGCAAAAGGUUGAUGAGCUAAACAAAGAGAUUCAGAAGGAGAUGGAUCAAAGAGAUGCCUUAACAAAAAUGAAAGAUGUCUACAUCAAGAACCCACAGAUGGGAGAUGCAGCCAGUGUGGAUCACAAAUUAGCUGAACUGGGACAAAAUAUGGAAAAGUUGCGACUAGAGGCUCAGAAAUUUGAGGGUUGGCUGGCCGAGGUUGAAGGCAGGCUACCUGUGCGGACUGAGCAGAGCAGACGACAGAGUGGAAUGUAUGAUACCCAGAACACAUCAGGCGUCAAUAACUGUGCACAGGACCGGGAGAGCAGCCCAGAUGGCAGUUACACAGAGGAGCCAAGUCAGGAGAGUGAGAUGAAGGUGCCAGUGACAGAGUUUGAUGACGAGUUUGAUGAUGAAGAGCCACUCCCUACCAUAGGAACCUGUAAAGCUCUCUAUACAUUUGAAGGUCAGAAUGAAGGCACAAUUUCAGUAAUGGAAGGCGAAAUGCUCUAUGUAAUAGAGGAAGACAAAGGCGAUGGGUGGACGCGAAUCCGGAGGAAUGAAGAUGAGGAAGGUUAUGUGCCAACAUCCUAUGUUGAAGUCUAUUUGGACAAAAAUGCCAAAGGUGCUAUGACUUACAUUUAAUAUCCUUUUUAUUACUUUGCUUGCUUUCACAGGGACAUCCCACCCUGAAACUGCUCUAUGAUGAGCCUUUUUAAGGACUACAUAAUGCCACAAAGUGCACUAUUUCAUACUCUUAAAUAACGGACUCAUAUGACUUUAUGCACUGUGAUUUAGAUUGGUCCGAUUAGAAGAUACUCAGUGGGAUAAAAUUGUUAACAAUAGGGGAAUUCCCAGCCUUCUCUGGCUGAGACAGCCUUCCAUGGAUAGAGCUCAGUUACUGCCAAUAUACUACCCAGUUCAAGGUGGGGAAUAUAAGGCCAUUCUUAAUAACUAUGUGUCUUCUCUAGCUAUCCAGAUGAUACAUGGCAUUUCAGCCAUAGUCAGAAGUAUGCUAUUUAUUGCAAACUGACUCCAUGAAAUGUUAUACAUGAAAUAAUUAGGGUGCGGUUUGUCUUUCAACGUGGCAGCUUUUCAGAGCCUAAUAUACUCUCUGCGGGCCAUGUAAAUUCAGGCAGGGAUCAUCAUUUAGUUUGUUAGACCCCCCCCCCCUUCCCAUAAAUGCUAUCGAAAAUGUAACCACAAAGUAUUCCACUAUCCUUGGUAGAUCAAGAGGAUCGUGGUGUUAGACUAGAAUUCCCCUCUCCAUAGUUGCAGUUUAAAAAAUGCUCUUUUGGGCACAUGUGGUUACUACUGCUGCACAGCACAGUUAGUUGUUUCAUCCUCUGCUCACAUACAAUCAAUGGAGUAUUUCAGAGCCUGGAUUCAUGCCUUUUGUUCCCCUUGUCUCUAUUUACACCUCAUGACUGAAGGUCUGUGUUGUGUAAGUGAAAAGUGUGUGCAUGGAAUCAGGGUAUGUGCACGCUGCUCCCUGCAAGUAUCUCCCUGCUGAUAUAGUCCAGUGAGCAAUCAAAGAGGUUCCAGCUCUGAGGAAGUGACAUCUUGUUUCCAAUCAGGAAGAUUUUGAAGUUCACUGUUAAAUAGUGCAUGGAUUUUUCAAUCAUUUAAUCCUGCAAGUUGUCAUCUUCUUUCAUAGAGUCUAAAUAUUCUCUGUGCACCAAGUCUUUUUGUCCCUUUUAAAAGGAAGAUGUAACUUUCACAUUGGACCGCAAGCAAUAGAAAUAGAGGAGCUUCCUGUACAAAACCACACAACUUUAUUCAUUCACUUUUCUUUGGUUCAGUAUUAAGCAAUGCAGUACCAUGUCCUUUUGAAAUGACAGGCUGGAUUAUUGUUUGAUCUUGCCAUAAUUCCUUCAGUUUGCACUGGCAAAGAUAGGAUCAGUUGGCUCGUCCUCUGCCAAGAUAGUCUGUGCGGAAAACUCAGCAUCCUGGAUCUUCUCUUGUAAAGUGGUAUACAGUUGAAUGCAAGUACUGCCUACUCCAUAUACAGGGAAAGGCAGAAAGCUCAGCAUGAGAUAUUUGGUCAUUACCCUUGUGCUCGUUGGUAUGGAGACUGCCUGUAAGCAGUGCCUGCUCCAUGCACAGUGGUAAUUGCAUGUCCAGGCUUAAUUUUUGUCCUGCAAAAGUCUCUGUUGGGCAACAGAAAACCCACCUCAAAAUAACAAUUGUUCACCCCUCCCUUUGAAUAUACUGGCAUGCGUAGACAUCAGCAGAGCAGUCUGUGAAGUCAGCUGCUCAGGAGCAGAGCAGCAGGUUUGGUGGAAUAUGCCUCUCAGCAUGCCCAUGUGUCUAAGGGCAGAAUGAAACACUUAUAUUGACUGAAACCAGCAAAAGCAAGAACCUCAUUAAUAAAGGCCGUUUGCUUUUUUCCAGAUGUGUACACAUCACUUCAGAAAAUCCCUGAGUAGGUUUGCAUAGGCCUGUUGUCCUUUCGUUCUGCUGAUUUGCUUCUUCAAUUAUUUUAAGAGGUGUAUUUCAGAAGGUUUUCUUUAGAAGUGAUGGAAUGCACAUGCCCUGUCAAUGAAUGAUCAUUUGUUAGGUGCAGUUCAUUCAGCCCCUGAAACUAAAGGUGCGUCAUUUCCCGUGUGGGUUUUGGCCCAGUUCUGUGGAAUAAUUGUAGACAAUAUUCCUAUCCCUUUGUAAUAUAAUUUAAAGGAAGGAUACACAAGUAAUCCAUUCUCCUUGUGGUGCACACAUGCAGCUUCCAUUAAUGCCAGAUACUUACAUGUGCAAACUAGGAACUGAAUAUAUUGGCUAUAAACCCUCUGGUUUCAGGGAUUCUUAUUGGGGGGGUCAGGAAUAAAAUUCCUCUUUUGGAAGGUUAUCCUAUAAUUGUCUGCCGCAGGGUUUCUUGCACCUUCUACUGAAGUAUCUGGAACUAUUGGAUACUAGACUAGUAGGACCUCUGGUUGAUCCAGUCUGGCAAAUCCUGCAUUACUGGAAAUCAUGCCUUCUAGCCCACUUAGGAGCAAAACUGUCUGUCUCUGAGUAAUGCUGUGAGAUAAAGAUAGAUAAUCAAAAGAAGUUACAUAAAUUACCCUCUUAAUAUUAGAGUAACUUCCCGCUGCUCCCAACAAACAUGCCCAGUUCACUCCCCCUAGAAAUACUGGCUGUUUGAGUGACAAACAAUGAACAGAGCCUGUUUCAGAGGUUUUAUUUCUUGAAACAAAUGUUAGGCCCACAAUCUGGUUAGUAUUUCAGUCACUUUGCUCCUGUUGGUUCCAUUCUCCCCACUGUGUGUAUAUAAAUCUAUCGACAGCUCUAGGAUUCUGGCUUUGUUGCAGCUCUGCUGUUUGUUCACCACAACUGUAACCCAGGUUCGGGGGGGGGGGGCAGGGAGGGGUGUUGUUUUUUUUUUACCACGUUGAGGCACUUUUUAUCUUGGAUAUACAGUAUGAUUACUUACGCUUGCCAAAAUAUUUAGGAGACAGUAAUUAUGAACUGGAUUAGGACACCUUUUUUAGUUUAAUUCCUUUUCUUAAAUAUAUGUCCAUAAUGCUCCCCAUAAAAAGAAUAAUUUGUAUAUAAUGUAACUUAAUAACUAAAGGUACUUGAAUUUUGAUUUUUAUAUAUACAUAUAUAUAUUAAAAAUGGUUUUAUUUGCUGUUCUGCUGCUUAACCCAAUCUUUGUUUUGAUAACCAUUAAGACAAAAUCUUGUUAAGUCGAUAACUUUUUUUUGUGUUUCCUGCUGCCUGCCUCUGAUUGGACUUUUAUAGAAACUUCUGUUCUGUGUUAAAGUUUGUUACAUCUGGUCAAUGUGAUUGUUCCUUUUCUAUUCUUAUUCUUUAAAGAAAACUCAUCUACUGGGUGAGGGUCUCUCCCCAAAGCUAGCUGUACCAUCAUCUCUUCCUCUAAUAAAUAUAUUUUCUCAUUCUUGUGGGGUUUUCUGAUGAUUAUUCACAUAAGCAGAUUACCUGUUAGAUGCAAAACAAAUGGUCCAAACCCUCAGAAAAGCACUUUAUUAACAGUAAGGAUGUGAUUACGUUUUAAGAAAGAGCUCACACUUCAGCAUUGUUAAUAUGUUCCCUUUCUCUUCUUGUGUUUCCUUUUCUUUAUGAAAAUUAGAGACAAGCCUGACCCAUAAUUUCAGAUUCAGAUGUGCUCCCAUGUAUGGGGGAAUUCACCCUUUGUCCUUCCAGCUAAUGGGCCAUCCCAACCCCCUGGAUCAGAACACCCUUGAACUUUGGGGACAAUUUGGAUUUGGGCCAGAACCAUGUGUUUACAAGAAUGUACCUUCCCAUAGGGUUUAUGAGCUAGGAAUGUUUGCAUCCAUCCUGUCUCUUUCUUGACUUCCCAUCAAGAUGAAGGGUCUUCAUUGUUUAUUGCUUGAUGAACAAUCAGCUUUCUUUGGAUGUAUGUAUUCUAAUCACUGCAAAAUGCUUUAUCCAUGUAUAAAAAUACUUCCCCUGCUAGCCUUCCCCAGUAGUUCAUUGUCAUGGGGAGCUGUAGUCUGACCAAAUCCACCCACUGCUCCCCUGCAGAUACAAGAAGCUAAUUGUUUCAUCUGGUGUAAACAAUUCAGAUUCCCUUUGGUGGGGAACCAUUCUUGAAUUUUGCAUCCCGCAUGGUCACCAGAGGAGAGCUGUGCUCAAGGUAAAGCUCUUGCCUGAGUUGGGGAUCACCGGGGAAGGGGGGGCAGAGUUACUUUGAUUUUCAAGGAGAAAAUACACUUCCUUGUGGCUGACCCUCAACAAGGAGGGUUGCUUCUGGCCAAAGGGAAUCUCUGACUUAGAGCUGCUCUUAACCCUUUCAUGAGGCAGCCUGAUAAAUGCUCUUGGUGCUGUCCUUCCCCUUUAAGCUCCCCGAAGCAGGGCCACUCUCAGGCGAGCCCUUCACCCUGCCUCUUUCUAACCUAAGUCUCUUUCUUUCUUUUUGUCU